AUAUUUCGAACCAUUAUACGAAGAGCUCGUGAAGAUCUUUAGAUGUAAUCGAAAAGGACGACGCAGUGUAAUAAGUGUUCAGUUCACGGAAACAAUAAAUUCUCCUGUGAAUUCUCUCGGUGUAAAAAAGAAGCCAAGACCGGGCUAUAACGAACACAAGUUACUAAACUGGCUUGUCGGUUUAAUUUAAAUGUUACGUUAACGGAUAAUUCAAAAUCAACCUUGGUUUACAAUACAGAAGAACGGGGCAUGUGGAAUGUCGAGGUUUGCAUGCAGACGAGAUGAAUCAGGUUCGGCGGAGCAUAAAAUCAGCAGCAUCGGCCGCAUCAGUGAUUGCGGCAGGCAAGAAGCAAAAGACCAAUGGAUGGACGGGCCAGCCGUCACGAAGCGGGCCGACGUUCCCGUACCAAACGAGAUUAAUAGAGAUCCGCCUGUCAGCCGGACGCCUCUCCGUCUGAGCGAGAUCCAGCGGCUUCCAGACGGCCAGUCUUCUCGCAGAUCGCAACCUGCGUGGGCAACAACCGAUCGUGAUCGAUCGCACGCCAUCGGUGACCAGAAUGAGGGCAACGAAGACAGGACACACGGCGAUGAGGUUUGGCAACACGUAUGCUGCGCCAGACACGACAAAAUUAUCGAUGUUGGAUACGGAAUAUCAGGCGAAAUUAUUCAAAUCGACGCAGGCCAUUGUCGUAACUUGUGUCCGCGGCACGUGUUGGAUGAUCCAGGAGACGUGAGUCGGCCUACUGUACAGAGAUGUUUCCCGGAAUCGCAUUGUCGUCCAAGGGCAGCGAAGCUGGAGAGGGUGUCGACGAUCCAAGGGGUUCGCGUGAUCGAAGUCAUAGAGGCCUGCGAAUGCACGCCGGACGCGUCCUGUAAGAGAGAAUCCUUCACGCAUCUCGUACAUUCCGGUACUCCUCAUCAAACCAUGUUGGAUGUCGGAGUGUGUAUGGGUCACUGUGCUAAAGAUCUCGGAUGCAAACCGGUGAGGAACAGUACGGUUAGCAUCAAAGGACCAAACGGGGACGAAGUGUACCAGGUAAUCGAGAAAUGCGGUUGCGCUGGGACAUGUCACAAAAUGGAUCACAUGGAGACUGUCCUGGAUUUCAGCGAAGUUGAAAUUAAGGACGGUACGAACACGACGGAUGUUAGGCCAGAAGUUUGGAAAAUUAACGUCGGACAAUGCGUUGGAACGUGUUCGGUGAACGAAAUGGAGAUGUGUCUAUUGAGAGACAAAAAAGAGCCAUCGAGAUGUUUGGCGGGCCUGUACUCGAGGCAACACACUUGUAUACCCGCUAGAUUCAAAGUUCACGAGUACAGGUCUCAGACGAAAAUGAUGACGAGAGAUAGCCGGUUUCACCUUUUGGCGAUACUCUUCUUACUGUGCUCUUUCAACGUGCACGCACAUCCAAGUCGCUUUUACGAAGACGAUAACGUCAACGAGGAAGAACUUGUCAACUCCUGGUCCUUGGAUAACUUGGAGGACGGGAGCGAGCACGACGCUCGACGGGACGAGGCUUUAGUAAAACUGCAACAGGUCCUUGGUAUUCGGAGUCACGGCGAGAAAACGGGACGUCACAAGGUUCCACCGCAAUUUAUGGUGGAAUUGUAUAACAAUGUAGCAGAUCCUAGCGGUGUGACGCGAGGUAAAAAUCCAUACAAUGCCAAGGUUGUCCGCAGCUUUAUCGAAAGAGAUACCACGAUAUCGAGGUUCUACUUCUUUAACAUUACGGGUUUAGAGGUGAACGAAUCUGUUUUGGAGGCGGAGCUUCAUCUGUAGCGGAAGAGGACACCUUUGAAGGCUAUGCAUCCAUCGACUUUAGCUUCUCCCUAUUACCUGAUAAGGGUGUAUCAAGUUUUGGAUGAGAAAAGUUUGGACGUUCCCGACCUUCAUAGGCUAUUGAACGUUAGAUACGUCGGAGCACACGCGUCUGGCUGGCAGAUAUUUAACGUGAAGCAAGCUGUUCUCGGCUGGUUGAACGGCGAACCGAAUCUUGGACUCCUGGUAACUGCUUCUACCUUGUUCGAGGAUCAAGUGACCGUAGAAUUUUCUCGGCGAAACGAGUAUCAUCACAGUAAACAACCGAUAUUAGUAUUAUUCGACGACGACGGGAAAAGACAUCGGGGCGACAGCAAUAACGAGAUCGAGGGGAUGUCCUAUGACGACGAACUCGAGAAGAACGACUUGAAGAACGAGUAUAGUGAUAAAGAUGCCGAGAAGCACGAUCGUGGAAAAGGUCAACCGGAAGAGGCCCAAUGGGAAAGCGAUAACAAGUCUCAAUAUUUUCAAAGACAGAAGAGGACGAAGAUAGGAGAAGUCGAUGAUGUGACUCAGACUGCACGAAAGGCGCAAGAUCUCGAGGAAGGAACUUCGAAACGACGUCGAAGGGAAACAAUCGCUACUUCAUCGGGAAGAUUACAGAGAGACGUUCGUUCGAACGGUACACCAUUCGCAGAUAGUUUGACGUCGAUGGAUAUAUAUGAACGUGCAAUGCGCCGUGAAAGAAUGGCAGAAACAAUUCGUCAAAGGUCGAUGUUGCAACCGAGUAAAAAGUUCCGUGGAAAACGGUCAACGAAAAGCCACGCAUCUGUCCGACAGAAUGUCACCGAAUGUUCGAGGCACGAGCUCUACGUUGACUUUAAAGAAAUCGGUCUUUCCUCCUCUAUCAUUGCUCCACUCGGUUAUUCCGCUUAUCAUUGCAAAGGUAUCUGCGAAACACCAUUGAGUCAAGAUCAACAACCAACGAAUCACGCGACUAUCCAGGGAAUCGUGCACAAAAUGGGUCUCGUAAAAGGGGUCGAGAGACCUUGCUGCGUACCCACGAAACUGUUGGGAACGACCAUUCUGUUCUUCGACGACAACGAGAACGUUGUUCUGAAAGUUUACCAGGACAUGAUCGCAGAUCGUUGCGGAUGUCGCUAAGGAUCUUACCGAUUUAGAGCCCGCGAGGUGAGAUGCUCGUUUCUCCUGUGAAGGAAGAAGCGAACGAAGUGUGGAAGUAUGUCUCAAUGGUCUUGAAAAGGGGGAGAAUGCAUGGAUAUGUGUGCAAGAGAAAAGAAAGGGAAAGUGGGAGCACGCGAGAGUGAGAAAGAGAGAAAGAGAUAGAGCGAGUGUAAGAGUGGCAGAAUAUAUGCAUCAGGUAAAAAUGAUUUUUACGCACUAGCACGAGAGUCAUUCCUAGAGAUUCGUCUGAAGAUCGUCGUUUAGUUGACAUCCCAAUAUUGUACAUAAGAACAUUCCUAAAUUCGCGUAGGGUCAUGCGUAUUAAUGAUUAGCACGUGUCUAUAUCGUAUCCUGUAUCGUCAUUAAAUUAUUAUUAUAAUCACACGUAGGGAGUUAAUCGUCUCGAUCAUUGUAUAUACUACUGUAUCGUAAAACGUUAGAGUUAUUUAUAUUUUAAUUAUGACAAAUAAAACGAGUAUUUAAGCUA